AUGAUAUAUUCACUCUCAAGAAAUACGAAGAUUAGAAAACUUAGAAAUGAUAAUAGUGGUAGAGUCUGGUCAGUCUGUUUCUCUCCUGAUGGAAAUACAUUAGCUUCUGGUAGUUAUGAUAGGUCUAUCCGUCUAUGGGAUGUAAAGACAGGAUAAGAAAUUUCGUCUUCUGAUAAAAAGUAUAAAUAUAUUCUUGCUAAAUUCAAAGCACCACUUUUUUAGAACAAUCCUCAACCAGGUAUUUAUUGUAUUAUUAUUACUUAGUCUCUAAUUAUUCAUAUCUUGUUAUAUCUUCAUCUAUAAUAUUGGAAGCAUAAGGUGCUCUUAUCUUAUAAGGAGAAUUUAUAAACCAUUAAGGAAAAGAUUUAAAACCUUUAUUCAAAUCAAAAGGAAGUUGCUUUUUGGAAGACCUUAAAUAAAAGUGA